GCGAGCAGAAGGCAACAUGCCGGCUGGGAAGCAGCGGUUCUUUGAAAUCUCCGCGGGGAACGGAGGCAGCGGCGGCCAAUGGGUGAUCGUCGCGCCAGAAUCUGCUACUAAUCUGCCGAAGAAGCCGGGCUCUGAGCCUUUAUUUACAAAACUGCGUAAUCCAAGUACAGGACAAGCAGCCCUUUACUUGUUCGGAAGUGAUGGCCGUCAGGUGUUUGAAGUGAAAGCUUUUCAUGAAGAAUACCGGUCGUGGUUUAUAGGCGAAGCUGUUCAACAUGAUGGACGGCUAUUGUUUGCUACACCAGUGGAUCCCUUAUUUCUUUUGUUGUUUUACCUUACCAAGGCAGAGAAAGAGCAGGGAAAGUUUCAGCCUUUGGAUCAGUUUCUGGUAGACGAAGAGUUCUCUUCCUGUGCAAUGUUGCUAAACUGCAAGAACAUUUCGCAAUCUGUUCACCACCUAGUAGAUGAAAAAGAAAUAGGUGGCAGAAAAUUUUAUAAAUACAGUGAGGAGAAAGCACUGAAGUGGCUGAAGAAGAAGGUCGACCAGACUGUCAAAGUGUUAAAAGACAAUGACAUACCUGUGGGUGGAAAGGUGCAGUCUGCUACAUUUAUCAGCGGCAAACAGAACUUGGAUGCCACUGAAGAGGACUAUAUUCGUUACGCUCAUGGUUUAAUAACUGAAUAUAUUUCUGAAGAGCUGAGUACUGCACUAGCUAAAUAUUUAAGACUCCCACAAAUUGCAAGUCCUCCAGCGGAGCCAGCAUCCAAGAAAAGGAAAUUAUCAGAUGCGCCCGUGGAAGCAGAAGAAGAUUACACCAAGUUUAAUACUAGUGAUCUGAAAAGCAAAAAGGCAAACAGUAAGAUGUCAGCUGCUCAAAAGGCCCUGGCAAAAGUUGACAAGAGCGGCAUGAAAACAAUGUCUUCUUUCUUUAGUUCAAAAACUAAAACAACAAAAUGAGACUUUUGAUACAGUAAUUAUUUUUGUAUAGGCCAGCUUCUUUUUCACUUCUUCUAUUCCUCUCCCCCUCACAAGUUUUCAGAUAUCCCUUUACUUGAAGUUAGGGCUCAAAAGUAGAAACAGUACUGUGAAAGUUAAUAUUGUGUAAGACAAAGUCAGGAUAGCCUAUUGUAGUUCCCACUGGGAAAGCUAAUUUUGGUAAUUUAUCAUAUCAGCAAAUAUGCUUGCUUAUUUAGCACUGUUAAGCUACAAGGUGUACAUUGCAAUGUAAUGAGGUAAAAUAAAUUCAUUUCUGAAACAGA